UGAAGCCGUGCAAGGCUUUCAAAGUAUGUAGGCUAUCACUUUGUGGGUUCCCGCUGACCCGCCUCUCCGCUGUUUGGCAAGUUUAGGCAUGGCUGAUUCAAGGUUUCUUGCCGAUUUGAACGUGGCGUUUCUGCAACAUGAACUUGCUCAUGCAAAACAUUCGUUGGCAGCGAUUCAAGAAAAACAUGAAGCAGCAUGCUCCCAAGUCAUGCAGCAUGAUGAGAACUUCAAGAUAGAAGAGGAGGAGUGGAUCGAAAACCAGCUGCGCCGGCAACGCGAACAUGAAGCUGCUUGCGUUUUGCAAAAUUGGUGGCUGCGAGUGGGAAUGCGGAAAUUGCAUUUGGUGCCAUUAUUGGAGGUUUUAGAACAGCAGCUGCUACUGAAUGCUCGAUAUCGGCUCGACCAGACUCUGUUGGAUUUGAGACACGCAGUCCAUGAUUUGCACAUUGAGGAGGCUGACCGCCUCCAAGCUUGUUUGAGGGUACAAAGAUGGUGGCGGAAAGUGCUAGCAAAGCGAGUGAUGAAAGUGAUAGCUUUCUAUGGGACAGUUAGGAAGGUCAAGCGCCGUGUCGAGGAUGCGGCGUCGAAGAUACAAGCUUUGUACCGAGGCGUGUGUGCACGGCGGCAAGCACAGGCAAUCCGAGAGUCCAGACAAGCAGCUGAGGAGGAAGCCGAACGUCGAAUGGAACAAAUGAAGAUGCACGCCAUUCUCAGCAUUCAAAACAGUUACCGGAAGAGUGUGGCAGUGAAGCAAGUUCAAUUGCUUCGGGCACAGAUGUUUGCCGCAAUGAUGUCACAGGGAGGGGCAGACGCCCACCUGAGCAGCAAAUUACAAUCCAACUCGACUCGGCCCCUAUGGUUCAAAGCCAAAGGCAAAGCUGAAAGCAAAGCAGAGGCACGAAAAAAACGUUGACUUAGAUAAAUUAGACAUAUGUGCAGGCACUUGAAUGUUUUAAAAUUUCCUUCCCACACGUUUCACCUGGAAAGACAUUAGCAUGGUGUUGAAAAUAUGUUCUAGCAGCUGUCUCACCUGAAGCCGUUUCACAAUCGCGAGUGUGAGGUGGACAAUCUGAUUGCCAAUGGUUUGC